CCGCGCGAGCCAUCACAAUGAUCGAAACUCAGAUCGAGAUCGCCGCUCCACCGUCUAGAGUGCGCGCCGUGCUAUUAGACUCUGCAAAAUAUCCCGAAUGGCACACCUCCAUAAUCCACCUCCUCGAGCCCGAAGACAACACCAAAACCCUGGCCACGCUGCAACAAGGCGACGUGGUACGAUGUGACAUCGAGGGAAUGAAAUUCGACGCGAAGAUCACGGAGAAUUCCGAGAGGCUCCUGCAAUGGCAGGGCCCGCCAGUCUUCGGAUUGAUCGCUGGGUUGCAUGGCUUUCAUAUGGAGCCUACACAGGAUGGGUCGGGGACGGUGUUCAGGCAGACAGAGGUGUUUACCGGUCCUAUUUCGUUUCUGAUGAGGCCUUCUUUGUUGGGGAGGAGGGUAAUGGGACAGUUUGGGAGGUUUAAUGCGGAUUUGAAGAGGAGGGCCGAGGAGCUUGAGUAGGCUGUCUGGUAGGAAUGUGAAGUAGGGACACGACUGAUACAUAAUUUGAAUUUUGAUCUCUUACUUAUUCAGAGAUGGCAUACUUCCGCAGCUCAGAAUGAUGUUAUCGUAGUGUCCCACUACCUAGAAUCGCGGAAAUGAAUAGUGAGCUCUGUGUAGCUGCUCCCUUUCACCGUCUUUAUCUCAUCUGGAGGGUACAACUCUGGCUCACGGAGAGAUCUGUUGUCACUCACGCGUAUCUUCCCUAGCUGUGUUUCUGACGCCGCGUGUAAGGCAAUAGCCUCUGCCUCAAGAUCCGUGCCGCCCGAGCGAGAAAGCGAAUCAACAAAAUUCCGACAAGCAUGCUGGUAUAAUGGGAUGACAGUCGGCAGACAAGCC